UUUAAGCUUUGACUGCACAGCCUGGAUGCCUUCAGUAUCUCACGCGACUGCGUAAUUCGUGUCCUACGAAACAAUUUCUUCGCUUAAGCCGUCUUUCGCGUAGCCUGGCCAUUUAUUAGCAAUGCAUAUCAUGCCAAGAACAUAGGAACACAUUUGUCGGAGCCGCGCCGGCGCUGCCAGGUGGCGCUGAAAAAGGAAGCUGGGUUCCCACUCGGAUACAGCGGGCUUGGCGGCCUGUUUGCGAUGGACUUCAUCGAGAGUGCUUACAACGCCGAGCAAGCUCGUAGGCGUGCUUUGCUGCAACAACAGCAGCAGCAGCAACAACAGCAGCAACAACAGCAACGAGCGGCGGGCUAUGCCGGCGGAAAUGCAGCUGGCGGCGGUCAGGCGGAGAUCGCUGCGGCUGCCUACGAGGCCGGGCAGAUGGCGGUAGCGGCCGCCGCAGCCCGCCGCAUGGGCGUGCCCGAACAGAUCAUCAACGCUUUAAAUGUUAAGCAGCAGCAGCUUCAGCAGCAGCAACUCAUCCUGCAGCUGCAGCAGCAGCAUCAGCAGCACCAGCAGCACCACCACCAACAGCGGCAACAGCAACAACAGCAACAGCAGCAACAACAGCUGCAGCUACAGCAGCAGCUGCGGGCGAAUGGGUUUGGUGGGCAAGACGCAUCUGCUGUGGUGCGUGAGGCCGAGAUGUUGCUGCGUGAGCACCAACAUCAGCAGCAGCAACAGCGCCAGAAGCAGAUGCAGCAGCACCAACAGCAGGGCAGGCAGCAGCCGGCCGGGGCAGCAGCUCAGCAGCAACACCAGCGGGAGCAGCAGCAACAGCAGCAGUGGGAGCGGGAGCAGCAGCUGCUGCGCGCGCUGGAGGGCAGCCUCGCGGCCGGCCGGGCGGGGGGUAACGGCGGCAGGCACGUUGGCCGGGGGCAGGACGAGUCGGAAAUGGCGGAGCGGCGCCGCCUCAUCGGUCACCAGCUGGAGCAGCAGCAACAUCAGCAUCACCAGCAGCAGCAGCAGCAGCAGCAGCAGCAGCAGCAGCAGCAGCAGCAUCACCAGCAGCAACAGCAGCAUCGGCAGCUGCUGGCGGCGGCGACCGCGGCGGUGGCGGCGGCGGAGCGGGGCCACAUGCAACUAGGCGUCCGGGUGAAGCAGGAGCGCACACCGCCCAGCCCUGGGCCCGGGCCGCCGGCGCCGCCGACACGGCAGCCCAGCCACCACCAGACGCCGCCGGUGCCUCAGCAUCGGCCGGCCACUCCUACCUCCGCCACUCAGGCUGCCGAGGCGGAUCUGCUCAGGCCGGCAGGUGGAGGUGGAGGUGGAGGUGGUGCGGGGACAGGGCGUGGCGGCGCACGGCUGCCUGGUCUGCCUGGUCUGCCCAUCCACAUGCCGCUGAUGCCCACGCCGGACCACCUGGCGUGGCGGGUCACCAAGGACGGCAUGCUGCAGAUACAGCUCCCGCUGGACCCGCUCGACUGGACCACCGCUGCGGAGGAGGCCCCGGCGCCGGACCCCGGCGCCGCCUCGCGCACGCACCCCGUCAUCGCGCUGGCACUGACGCCGCUGUGCCUGUCCAGCGGCAUGCCCAUUGGCGACAGCUGCCUGCUGCCGCUGGCGGAGGUGCUAGGACACAUCCAGCAGCAGCUGACUCAGCGCGCAGCCGGACGCCGCGACACAGCAGAGCUGCGCUCGCCGGGCUGGGACAUGUUCCACCCGCCGGAGGCAGAGGCCGCCGCCGCCGCGGCGGCGGCGGUGGCGGCGGCAGCGCCGCCGCGCUCGCCGACGGACUCUCAGGACCGGGGCGCGGACGGCAAGCCUGCUGGACAGCAGCCGCAGCCGUACAAGCUGCAGCUGCUGCGGCUGCAGGACGGGGCGACGCUGGAGGCCGCGGCGGGCGCGGCAGGCGGCGGCGGCGGCGGCGCCGCCCCCGUGCCCGUCGCGCCGGCGCUCAAGCUGCGGCCGCUGGACAGCAAGGCCGCCACCGGGCCGCCGCGUGGCGGCGCAGCCGGCGGCUUGGGCGCGGGUGGCCUGGUUGACGACGCAGACGAUGACUCGGCGUUCAACCACCUCUACAACCAGCAUUACGACGCAGCGGCCGCCGCGUUCCCUGGCGGCCUGAGCGCUCCCUCGCCCAUAGCGCAGCUGGGCCUGGCUCUAGUCGCCAACACCGCCAGCCGCCUGGGUGCAACCAUAAAUGGCCGCGCCCCGCCAGCCGCCGCCACGGCGACAGCCGCCGCUCUCGGCGGCGGUGGCGGCACCGGUGGCGUCCUCGACCUAAGCGGCGGCACGAGCGGCGCGGGCUCAGCGGUGGACCAGGUGUGCGAACUGCUGAGGGCGCGGCGCGGCGCGGCGGGCGCCGGCGGCGCCGCCGCCCUGCAAGCCCAGGGGCAGGGGCAGGGGCAGGGGCGGGGUCACAGGGUGGUGUCGCCGGCGCUGGCAGGGCUGCCGCAUAUCGUGGUGCCGCUGGGCGCCCGACGCCAGCCGCCCUCGCCCGCGCCGCCCACCCCGCCGGCGGCGGCCGCAGUGGCGGCGGCGGCGGCUGCUGAGGCGGCGCUGAACGGCGGCUUGGCGGCUCUCAGCCCCGCGCACCUGGAGCUACUGCGGCAGGUGAAGGACUCCAUGGUGGCCCAUCAGACACAACAGGUGCAACAGCCGCCGCCACUGGCGGCGGCGGCCGGCGCCGCCGCCAACGCCCGGGCGGCGGCUGCGGCGGCAGCGGAUGAUGUAUCCACGGACGAUGAGAAGCCCGCACGCGGCCGGGGCGGCAAGGGCGGCGGCCGGGCCGGCGGCGGCGGCGUGCUGACGGUGGAGGGGCCGCAGGGGCAAGUGCUCAAGCUCAAGCCGGGCGCAGCGGCGAAGCGCUCCCGCGGCGCGGUGCACUACCGCGGCGUGCGACAGCGGCCGUGGGGCAAGUACGCGGCGGAGAUACGCGACCCGCUCAAGGGCGGCCGCAUGUGGCUGGGCACAUUUGACAGCGCGGAGGAGGCGGCGCGCGCCUACGACGAGGCGGCCCGCAUGCUGCGCGGCUCAGCGGCGCUGUGUAACUUCCCGCUACCCGGCGAGCGCGGCUAUGGGGGCCAGGCGGGUGGUGGUGGCGGCGGCGGUAAUGGCGCCGGUGGCGGCGGCGGCGACUCGGAUGAGGAGGGCGGCGCCCAGGACGCAUACGAGGAAGAUGACGGUGCCGCUGCUGGCGAGGCCUGGAUUGGCGGAGGCGGCGGAGGCGCUGGCGGCAGUGGCGGAGGCGCUGGCGGCAGCGGCGGAGUUGGGGCCUUCCGCCCGCGUGGCGGCCUUGGAGGGUUGUCUGGCCUCGACGCGAUCGCCGCCGCCGCGGAGGCCGCGGAGGCGGCUGAGGCGGCGGCUGAGGCUGAGGCCGCUGCGGCACUGGUCGCCGCGGGUGGGCUGGCGGGUGCUAGGGGCGAGCAGGAGGCCGACGACAUGGCGGCUGAGGCGGCAGCGGCCGCGCUGCUAGGCGCUGUGGCCGCGGCCAACGGCCGGCCUGCCAAACGCAGUCGCGUCAGUCCGGCACACGGCGCAGCGGGGGCUGUGGGGGCUGUGGGGGCUGCAGGAGCUGGUGCCGGUCUGGGCGCUGACGGCGCGCAUGAGGACGACCCGCUGCUGGGGCCGCCGCCGGGCAGGGUGCCGCCGGGUGCCGCCGGCGCCGCCACCGGGUUCGGGCUGGAGCUCGCCGCGGACGCCGACCUCACAGCAGCAGCCGCAGCAGCCCAGGAUCUGGAUGGGGACGCAGACGCUGUGGCGGCUGCGGCCGCUGCAGCGGCGACCGCGGCGGCGGUGGAGAUGGAGGCACAGGUUGCGGCUGCGGCUGCGGCGAUGGCGGCGGCGCCGGAUGUGGCGAUCGACCUGGGCGGGGAGCCUGAUGUGGAGCUGGGUGGGGAGCUGGAGGCGGUUGCCGUGCAGGGGGUUUUCGGUGCGGAAUUGCUCGGGGCCGCCGGCGCUGAGGCUGAGGCUGAGGCUGAUGUUGACAUCCCUGCUGCGGACGCCGACAACGGCGCGGCUGCGGAUGUGGAACCCCGUUCAUUGGCGGACGCUGCAGAUGUGGACGUAGCCGUUGAGGAGACAGCAGCAGCUGCUACGGAUGAGGCUGUGGCCGUUGCUGGUGCCGCCGACGACGGCGCCGCCGCCGACGGCUCUGACGGAGGCGGCGAACCCGACGACGACGGUGACGCUGACAGCAUAGGCGUGGACGCUGACGAGUACGAGGAGCAGGUGGAUGUGGAGGCGGAGGGUGAGGUAGAAGGCGGCCCAGUGGAGGAGGCACACGCGGUGGCGGGGCAGCACGAGCGUGGCGGCGAGGGCUGCGAUCACGGUGGGGCGGAUUCUGAUGGCGCUGAAGCGGCAGCGGGAGGUGCGGCGGACACGGAUGCGGCGGAUGUGGAGAUGGGCGGCGAGAUGGAGGCCGGCGAUGAUGAGUAGAUGCAGGGGCAGGAAGGAUUUGGCGAGGGCCCUGACGAGGCAGCGCCUGACGGCGGCCCGCCAGCCGACGAUACGGCUACAGAAGUCUAGGCCACCUAGGGCACCUAGACCACCUAGGGCACUGCCGCAUAAGGGGCUGGUGCGCUGCGUGUUUGUACAUGUGAUGUUGGGCCGGCAAGAAUGUCUCCUGGAUUUGCAGGCUGCUUUCAGGCGCGCGAACCACUGCGCGCAAGCGCGCAUAUCAUUUCAUAAACGUGAGACGGGACAGCAAUACCAUCAGCAAUAAUGAAGUAGCUUAGCGCACUCCGCAAUCAUGAUGGAAUUGAGGGCCGAGGUGGGAGGUGUUAUCUAGUGUGUGUGCAGGCGCCAUCCGGAUGCAUGCACUUAUUGAGCAACCCUUUCGGUGGGAAGCUGUGCGUGCACAUGUACACUGAUGGCAGUGGUUGUAUCCUUACUAUGGAGAUGGGCAGAAGACUGCACGUUACACAUUUAGAUAGGCCCCAGAGCGCAACACAGGCUUUUUACGCUGCCCAGCCUUUGGACGUUCACAAGCUUGCUGGUUUGGGGGCAGCAUCGGAGCGUGCGAGCUGCUGGGUGGGACCCAUUGGUGUUUGUGAAUUGACCUCAAUGCUGCUCAAGUGCAUGUGUGGGUGUGUACGUGCUUUUGGGUGCUGCUGCUGGUUGCUGGGUCCCUGCGCGUUCGUUAAAAGGAAGGAACUACACGGAUUCAUACAUACGUAGUAUCAGUAGGAUGGCGUUCGCAAGGAUGCUGGGGGCCGAGAGGUACACCGUGCGCAACUGCAGAGACGUUUCAUUGGGCGCAACACGUCGUGCAGAAACCAAUGUGGCGAAAUGCGGCAGCGCUGCGGGAGCAAUACAAAUGCCGUUGGCGCACAUUUGCCACCGAGCUGCUGCAGUGGCUGCCACAGCGUGGCAGUGGGGAUUUCAUAUGCAACUGUGCUGGGCACUACCAGGUAGAGACUCGAGAGGACGAGGCUUUCACUUGUGACUUAACCGACUACCGUACUGGGGCCCGGUGGGUCAAGAAGUAGGGUGUGGUGCAAGGUAGGGUGGCGGCAAACAGGAUUUGGCAGUGGCGCCGUGACGCUGUACGGUCUCUGUAGCUCAUCGAGAGGGCCGAACCAGUUACAUUGUACGUGCGAACACAGCUGGACACAGCACUCACGCGCAAGAUCCCUGUCCCCGUGCUGGCUGCUGCACGCCUGCUGUACCUCCCUUGUCACGUGUUCGUGAUCACGUUACACUGUUGCUGUCCGCCAGCUGAGAGUGAGGGUGAAAUUGUACUUACGUAGUUGGCAUCAGUAGUCCGGUCCGCAUUGGCUCAUCUGUCUUUUCAGGCGGGCCCCCAUCAAUUAAUUGUGC